CACUGAUGGAUUUCGAGCCCUGGAUGGCAGACACGAGACCCUACAGAGGCGAUAUUUCCCAAGAUGGGAAGAUUCCAUCCAUGACACAUUAACCCAGAGGUGAGCUGGAAAGUUAGGGUCUCCCGGCAAAGACAUGGGAAGCAGGGAUGGCAAAGGCAUGUAAGACAACGGCACAAACGGCUGUUGGAAGAAUGUCGUGUACAUGUGUGUCAUCCCAUCUCCCUUGUAAGUUGAUAGCGGGAGCUGCCUAAAGCAGCCAAAAAGGAAUAGAAACCUUUGUACCGCUCCCCCCCCCUCCCCCAAGAGAAGAUUGACAUCGCAGAUCGGACUGCUACCAAACUCUGGACAAGGCCGCUGAUGUUCCGAUUCGCACUUUUAAGUCCGAAGGUCCGUGCCGGUCCGUUACUUUUCAACAACGGUUUUUUUUUUUUUUGGGGGAUCAUUAAAAUAGAGAGACCAAGGUACCUACCUUCCUUCUUCUCGAGUGGUUGCUGCGGGUCUCUCUACGUGUUUCGUGACUGCAGCAGAUUCGUCACCCUUUUUGCAUCAGCCACUGUGAGUAACAGUGACAAAAGAAGGAGAUCGGCUUCUUCCAGAUGCCAUCACCGAUCGCAGACCGUCGUUUACUCUUCCCUCCUAGGUAUCUAGGUUACCAACCUGAGUUGGCGCCCGGCUCCAGGCCCCCAAUAUCAGUGACCCGGCAGCGGGACCAACAUUUCGUCACGUACAUUUAGCGGCCAGCAGCCCCUCAUCGAGAAAUAGUUGCCUUCAGACGUGUUGUUGUCGACCUCUUUCUGGAGCCAAUAGUCCAAGGCUGUGGCGCAGCAGACCUGUGGAAAUUUCCUCGACAAACUGGAUGCUGCCUUGUGUGGACGCCCUACCUCUGGGGACCUACCCCUCAUCCUUCCUCCCAUAAGGCUUUACCUCAUCGAGGGAGAAUGGUUCGUCGACUGGGACAAAGGAACAUGUCACUUCCAGCUCAGCGGGAACAUAGAAUAUUAUCAUCAUCAUCAACAACAAUACCAAUAUGGCCAUGUCCAAGUCUGUUGCGGAUCAAGGAAGACGCCAGUCUGUUAGCUGGGUUGGAGGGGAUGAAUGGGACCCGUGGAGGACGACGAUACAGGACCUAUACCAGACGCAGAACCUACCGCUCAAGGAUGUCAUGAAGGUCAUGGAGGAGGAGCAUGGUUUCCGAGCAACACAACGAAUGUACAAGACACGUAUAAAAUCCUGGGGUCUCGACAAGAACUUUAAGGAGUGCGAAGUGGUAGAGCUAUUCCGUGUCCGAAAUGAGCGUGACAGGGUCGGGAAGCGAUCAACAACAUACAUGAUCCGAGGUCGAGAAGUCGACUGGGACAGAGUGCAAAACUAUGUCAGAAGAAAGGGGCUGAACAUCACCCAGCUUCUCGCCUCCAGCGCCGGCACUGUCAGUCCAUGCGCGAGGGAAAUAUCGUGUUUUACACCACCCCCAGAAGAUGGGAGACCAACCGGCACUAGAGAUGUGGAUGUCAACUUACUGAGGGUAUCCUCCCCUUCCUCCUCCUCGCCCUCCCCAUCCCCACCAAACAGCAGCAACACCAACAACCUUUUCCCCACAACCUUCCCCCCGAUCUCUCCGGCCGCAACACCAACAACAAUCCACCAACCCCCUCAACUCCCGCAUCCUCUCGACCAAAUCAACAACCCCCUCCGCCGACCCUCCUACCCCUUCCCAGCACCACCACCCCCAUUACCGAUCGUAACCCCCCCACCACCACCACCCCUCCUCCCAACUCUAUACCCCCCCCAACCACCACCACCACCACCACCACUCCCAUCACAAUACACCACGGGCACCCAGCUCACAAUCUCCCAAUCCUUCCAACUCUUCCUCUCCCGCCUCUACAAAACAACAAUGUUCCAAGACGGCGAACGAGCCUGGGGAACAACAGAUUUCUUCCUCCGCAACAUGCGGUCGCUGGAAUGGCUUUCCACCAUCCGGUACGCCCUCGCGAUCAAUAAAUCUUUUCUCGUUGACGGGUUGGAUGGAAGUGAGGGUAGUGAAGAAAUUAAACGGUUCAAAGCUGUCAACCGCGCGUUUGCGGUCUUGGAACCGGGGAGUAAAGGCGUGAUAGGGAGCAGGAUGUUUUAUAUUGUUAACUUUCUCGGGUGCUUUCACGCUGGACCGGACGGGGGCGCGUUGAAAGAGCUGGCGGGGAGGUUGAUGGAGGACAUUGUUGUCAAAUGUUUCCGUGGGGGGGAGGGAGAUAGGGGGGGGUUUGGGGGGGAUCUGAGACGGGUUUUAAGUGGGGGGAUGGGCAUGAGAUGGAGGUUGACUCGGUGGAUGAGCUGA